AUGAUCCACUUAACUGUUCAUCUGGUGAGAGAGGUAAAAAUGUGUGGGCCAGUGUAUUUGAGAUGGAUGUACCCAAUGGAACGGUACAUGAAAAUCCUAAAGGGUUAUGUAAGAAACAGAAGCAGGCCAGAGGGUUCAAUUGUUGAAUCCUACAUCGUUGAAGAGGCUGUAGAAUUUUGUUUAGACUUCUUCUCAAAUGUAGCAACUGUUGGGUCGUGUCUUCCUAGAUUUGAUAAUGAAAUUAGUAAAGGGGGUCGGGGUGUUUCUGUUUGCGACGUAAGUCGAGCUGAUCGAGAGGAAGCACACCGACUCGUUUUGCAAAAUGUUGAUGAGGUUCAACCGUACAUUGAGAAACAUUUUGAUUGGAUCAAGACUACUUAUCCUAGUAAGUCGAGGAACCACAAAUGGGUGCAAGAUGAACAUUAUCGAAAUUUUAGUACAUGGUUGAAAGAAAAGGUGAUUGUGGAAAUGAGUGACUCCCCGAACAAUGUAUCUCAGUUGCUACUUUCGAUAUCGCAUUUUCCUUCAUUUACUGUACUAAAGUAUCAAUCAUACUACAUAAAUAGUACUCAAUUUAACACGAAAGAUCGUGAUGCUUCUUAAAAAACACAAAAUAGUGGUGUCAUGAUUGUUGCUAGUGCUAUCCAAGUAGCUAGUUCAAAAGACAAAAACCCUAUUGAAUGUGAUAUGACCUUUUAUGGUGUAAUCAAAGAAAUUUGGGAAUUAGAUUACAUUAGCUUUCGAAUCCCUGUUUUUCUUUGUGAUUGGGUGAGGAGUGAUAAUGGAGUUAAAGAAGAUGAGUUUGGAUUCAAGCUAGUGGACUUGAAUCGAGUAGGACACAAGUCUGAUCGAUUUAUAAUGGCAUCCCAGGCAAAACAAGUAUUUUAUAUGAGUGACCCAAUAGAUGGUCGCUGGUCAGUUGUUCUAACAACACAACCAAAAGAUUAUGAUUACCAAGAGUCUGGUGGAGAUUUAUAUCUCAAUGAUAAAACUUUUGAAAUCAAUCCACCACCAAUUGAUGUCGCCGUUCGGGACGAAAUCAUUUCUUCUCGGGAAGACGGUGAAGGAUUAUGGAUUGAGUAAACUAUCAAUCUAUAAAUAUUGGUGUGUUUUGUUUUAUAUUAUUUUAUAUUUUUUUGCGCCUAAUCUAAAUUUCUGUGUUAAUUUUAUGUAUUAUUAUUUUGCUUUAAUGUGUAGGUACAUUGACUAUGGAUGACCCCGGUGACUAUGAUGAUGAUUUUGCCCUUUGGGGACAAUCCAUUGGUGGUGAAU